GCAGCGUCCCCGGGGCCCAGCUAUCAGUCUAUGAAGAGUGACUGGUCCAUGGAGCGUCCCAUUGACUUUGCUGGUGGAGAACCUGCCCCUCCUCUAAGUGAGCUGUCAGAGCUCCAGUCCAUCUCUGCGGUGUGUGAGCAGAUGAGCCAGCAGAGACUCGACCAGCAGCCCAUGAUUAUAGAUUCCUCACUCCUGUGUUCCAAUGAUCAGGAGCUGGAAGCAGAAAAUAAUAAAUGUGGACAGAGAGUCCAAGAGAAACUGAAAUCCAGUCUGAAGAAGAGGUUUGAGCAGAUAUUUGAAGGGGUUGCUACAUCAGGAAAACACACCCUCUUCAACAAUAUUUACACAGAGCUCUACAUCAUAGAGGGGGACAGUGAGGGGGUCAAUAAUGAACAUGAGGUGUGGCAGAUUGAGACAGCAUCCAGGACACAGACCACACAAGACACUGCAAUCAACUGCAAUGACAUCUUUAAACCCUUACCUGGACAAGAGAAACCCAUCAGAACUGUGCUGACGAAGGGGAUCGCUGGCAUUGGAAAAACAGUCUCUGUGCAGAAGUUCAUUCUCGACUGGUCAGAAGGAAAAGCCAAUCAGGAUAUUCGUUUCAUGUUUGUUCUUCCUUUUCGGGAGCUGAACUUGAUUAAUGAUGAACAAUACAGUCUGCUUGGGCUUCUGCAUGUCUUCCACCCUGAAAUGAGAGGGAUUGAAAACGUUGAGUCUGAAGUUGACAAAGUUUUGUUCAUCUUUGAUGGUCUGGAUGAAAGCAGACUUCCUUUCAAUUUCCAGCAGAACGAGAUGCUAUCUGAUUUAACAAAGGCAUCCUCAGUGGACGUGCUGCUGACAAACCUCAUCAAGGGGAAUCUGCUUCCCUCUGCUCUCCUCUGGAUCACCUCCCGGCCAACAGCAGCCAAUCAGAUCCCUCCCAAAUACGUCCACCGGCUGACAGAGAUACAAGGGUUCAAUGACUCACAGAAGGAGGAGUACUUCAGGAAGAGAUUGAAUGAUGAGAAACAGGCCAGCAGAAUCAUCUCUCACAUGAAAUCAUGCAGGAGUCUCUACAUCAUGUGUCACAUACCAGUCUUCUGUUGGAUUUCUGCUACUGUUCUGGAGAGACUGUUGGGUGAAGCUGACUGUGGAGAAAUCCCUAAAACUCUGACUGGAAUGUACACACACUUCCUGCUCAUUCAGUCCAACAUCAAGAAUCAGAAAUAUCAGGGAAGAAAUGAGACAGAUCCACAAAAGCUUCUGGGGCUGGAUAAAGACAUUAUUCUGAAACUGGGGCAGCUGGCUUUUCAACACCUGGAAGAUGGCACUCUCAUGUUCUAUGAAGAGGACCUGAGAAAGUGUGGCAUUGAUGUCACUGAAGCGUCAGUGUACUCUGGGGUGUGCACAGAAAUCUUUAAAGAGGAGUCUGUGCUGUAUCAGAAGAAAGUGUACUGCUUUGUGCAUCUGAGCAUCCAGGAGUAUCUGGCUGCUUUAUAUGUCUUUGUCUCAUACGUAAGCCAGAAUGUAAAGGGAUUGAAGUCCAUUUUUGGUCAAAAAUCUGAAGUCACUGAACUGUCACUGUAUGACUUGCAUCAGAGAGCUGUUCAGAAGGCCUUGGAGAGUAAGAAUGGACACCUGGACCUUUUCCUGCGAUUCCUUUUUGGCCUCUCACUGGAUUCCAGUCAGAACCUUCUUAAAGGCCUUCUGACAAAGAGAGGAAGCAACUCAGAGAGCAUCAAGAAAACAGUCCAGUACAUAAAGAGUUUGGAGAAGAAGGAUUCCUCCCCAGACAGGUGCAUCAAUCUGCUCCACUGUCUGGCUGAACUGAACGAUCAUUCACUUAUGAAGGAGGUCCAAAAGUACCUGAGUUCAGGAAGUCUUUCUGGUGAAUGGAUCUCACCUGUGCACUGCUCUGCCCUGGCCUAUAUGCUCCUGAUGUCAGAGGAGGUGCUGGAUGAGCUUGACCUAGGUAAAUACAGGACCUCAGACGAAGGGCGUAGGAGACUGGUUCCAGCUGUGAGGUGCUGCAGAAAGGCUCUGCUUGGUAACAGUAAUCUAACAGAGAAGUCCUUUGAAAUUGUGGCCUCAGCUCUCCAGUCAGCCAGCUCACCCCUGAGAGAGCUGGACCUCAGCAAGAAUAACCUGCGAAAAUCAGGAGGGAAGCUGCUGAGUGCUGCACUGAUGAGUCCAAACUGUAAACUGCAGACUCUGAGACUCAGUGGGUGUUAUCUAAAUGAGAAGUCCUGUGAAACUGUGAUCUCAGCUCUACAGUCAGCCACCUCAUCCCUGAGAGAGCUGGAUCUCAGCAAGAAUGACCUGGGAGAGUCAGGAAUGAAGCAGCUCUGUGCUUUACUGAUGAGUCCAAACUGUAAACUACAGAGUUUGAGACUGAGGCAGUGUAAUCUCACAGGGAGCUGCUGUGAUGAUCUGGCCUUAGUCCUGCGCUCACGCCACUCAGAUAUGAGAGAGCUGGAGCUGAGAGACAAUGACCUGCAGGAUUCAGGAGUGAGAGCGCUCUCUGCUGGACUGGAGGAUCCACACUGUAAACUACAGAGACUGGGGCUGUCAGGCUGUCUAGUCACAGAGAGAGGCUGUGCUUCUCUGGCUUCGGCUCUGCGUUCAAACCCCUCACAUCUGAGAGAGCUGGAUCUGAGCUACAACCACCCAGGAGACUCAGGAGAGAGAGCGCUCUCUGCUGGAGUGGAGGACCCCAGCUUUAAACUGGAGACACUGCUUGUGGACCAUGGAGGAGAGAUUAGGCUCAAAGCAGGACCGAGAAAAUAUGCCUGCCAGCUCACACUGGACCCCAACACAGCAUACAGAUACCUGUCUCUAUCUGAGGGGGACAGGAAGGUGACACACACACUCAGAGACCUGUCUCUAUCUGAGGGGGACAGGAAAGUGACAUUCACAGCGGGGAGAGAGCAGCCAUAUCCUAAUCACCCAGAGAGAUUUGCCUCCGUACCACAGGUGCUGUGCAGAGAGGGUCUGUCUGGGACUCGCUGUUACUGGGAGGCUGAGUGCAGUGGGGUGGCUGAGAUUGCAGUGGCGUAUAAAGGAAUCAACAGGAAAGGAGGGGGUUCUGACAGUAGGUUUGGACGCAAUGACCAGUCCUGGAGUCUGCACUGCAGUUAUGACGGGUUCUCUGCUCUGCACAAUAAUAACAGCACUUCCAUACCCGCCCUCUCCUCCCGCUCCCGCAGAGUAGGAGUGUAUCUGGACUGGCCGGCCGGCACUCUGUCCUUCUACAGCGUCUCCUCUGACACUUUGACCCACCUGCACACUUUCCACACCACAUUCACUCAACCCCUCUAUCUUGGGUUUACACUUUGGGUUGGCACAGUGUCCCUGUGCAUGCUGGGAUAGAUCCCUGUGUCCUGGAGGAGUGGAUGGGAUGUUAUUCACUGUGGUCAUGACUACAUAAAUCUCCACAUUAAU